CUCAAUCCAUUUCUUCUUCUUCCUCCCUUCUCUCCAACCCUGGAGAAGGAGGAGGAGAGAGGAGGAGAUUUUCUCUCGCUGGAGUCGGAGCGGGAGCGGAGGAUUUCCACUGCCGAAGUGGCGCCGUCCGUAGAUGGAUUACAUGUCUCCUGAGAGAAGUCUGGAUGGGACUUGUGGAGACCCUGGGCCUUUAUUUGGAGAUCAAGAUGGUAGCUUAUUGGACAUGGAUUAUCACGGGGAAGGUAUUACAGGACAUGGAUCCCCACAGCUGAAUGAUGGACUUUUAGCUGAUGCAGCAUAUUUGUCUGCAGAUUCUGUACCCUAUAUGAAUGAUCAGAUGUUGGGCAAUACAAUUAUGUCUGCUUCAACUAGUCCAGCAUCUCCCCUGAAGCAAGAUCAGGCGCAUCAUGUGUAUACGGAAUCUGAUAUGCAAAAGGAUUCAGCUGAACAGAAUUUUCACAAUAAUGGCAACUUUGAAGCACAGACCACUUCUCCUGGUUAUGCCGUGCAUCAGAAAGCAGGAGUAGUUGAUGCUGUGCUGCCUCGAGAGCUUCAUGAAAGUGGUGGUAAUGGUACAUCAAACUUUCAACAAGAAACCACACAUUCUGAUACCUAUCUUGGUGACUCAAUGUUAAAUGAAAAUAACAGUAGGGAUUACCAAUUCAGCAAUAGCGGUGAUGAUGACGAUGAAAUUCCAAACUCAUCUGUGCCUCUGAUGGAAAACAAGGACAAUGAAAAGUUACAAGAGACUUUCCACAGUGAAGUGAACGGGACAGAGGAUGAUCAAAUGAAUGGUGGGAAUUCUGAUCCUCGUGAUGAAAACAGCAAUGAGAACUUCAAUUCUGCAAUUUCACCUUCCUAUUUGGAUGGAAUGGAGCAAGAUCUUGGUACCGAGAAUGGCAUAUCUACACCUGGUAAUCAAUGGGAUUCUCCACCUGAAAGGUCUGCAGGACUGGAUAAGGGCACUCCAUCACCAGCCAGGAGGGUCUCACUAUCAGCUGAAAGGUCUCCUCAGGCUCAUUCAUCUGAUAAACUGGACUCACCACGUCAUGCACAAGAGGAUGGUAAUUUGGCUCGCUCUGGAAGCCCACCAGCAAGACGUCGGUCUCGAUCUCUUGAAAAGCGUGAUACCAAUCGUAGAAGAGCUUCCUCACGUGAGUUGUCUCCACAUGCACGGGAUAACUCUCCAGAAAAAAAAGCACAUUCUCGACAUGGAGAUAGGUCACCUCGACGAAAAUCUGCAUCCCCUAGAAGAAUAGAUAGGUCGCCGCGUCGAAGAUCUGCAUCCCCUAGAAGAAGAGAUGGAUCACCACAUCGAAGAUCUGCAUCCCCUAAAAGAAGAGAUGGGUCACCGCACCGAAGAUCUGCAUCCCCUAAAAGAAGACAUGGGUCACCACGACGAAGAUCUCCAUCCCCUAAAAGAAGACAUGGCUCACCACGACGAAGAUCUUCAUCCCCUAAAAAAAGGCAUGGUUCACCGAGACGAAGAUCUCCAUCCCCUAAAAGAAGACAUGGGUCACCGAGACGAAGAUCUCCAUCUCCUAAAAGAAGAGCCUCACCCAAGAGGAGGAGUUCACCAAGGAGGAGGGAUUCUCCACCAAGGAGGAGGGAUUCCUCUCCAAGAAGGAGAAACUCCUCACCAAGAAAGAGAGACUCAUCACCGAGGAGGAGGGACUCACCAACAAGGAAGAGGGAUAGGUCAAAAUCCAGGUCACCUUCAAGGAAAACUGAUUCAUCUAGACAUAGAAGGGAACAUGGUAGAUCUCGAUCAAGGUCGCCACACUCAAGGGAUCACCAUAAAAGAUCUCCAAGAAGAAGGCAUUCACCAAGGCACAGAUCACCUCCAGCAAGCCAUCGUCAGCAUUCUCCCAAGAGACCUUGGUCACCACCUGCCAACAGGAAGACUGGAUUGGGUAAGCCUGGGAAGAAUCUGUUUGUUGCAGGUUUUAGCUAUGCCACCACCGAGCGAGAAUUGGAGAAGAAAUUCGCUAAAUUUGGACGUGUGACAAGAGUACGCGUUGUCCGGGAUAGACGAACUGGAGAUUCUCGAGGCUUUGGAUUUUUAUCCUUGGAGAAGGAUGAGGAUGCUGAUGAAGCAAUCAAAGCUUGCGAUGAGACUGAGUGGAAUGGUAGGAUCAUUCUCGUGGAGAAGUCAAAGGCACCUGCAUUGUGAAUCUUUAUAUCCUAGAGCUCUGCAAACAUUUGCUCUAGGGGGCUGGCCAGUUUGCACAGCUUUCAUCGUACCAAGAGAUUUCUAUCGGCGAUAUAACAUAAAUUAUGAUUAUAUAUGGCAAAGUUUACUUGAACCAGCUGUCAAUGCUGUAUUAGGAGUAAGUAAUAAUGCACUUACUAUGGCUACCUUGCUGACAAUUAUAAAGAAUAAGAUGAUAUGCCAAACCUUAGCUUGUUUCAGGGCCCUGCUGCUGAUAAGAGGAAGUUAAACGGUACAUUGUAAUAUCUGCAACAUCUACGCAUACAUGACAUUCAUCUUCUUCCUCUGCAUCGUCGCAUGGUGAUCGAGUGUUCAGCUGGCAGUUCAUGGGGAUACCUGGGUGGAAUUCAGACUUGUUAGGCUUGUGAUUGUCAUUAAGUUAGCGCAAUAAUUUUUACAUCUAUCCCUAUUUGUGUGUUUUGGAUCGUGGAUACUUCAUGUUGCAUAUGGCGUCACAUUAAUGGUCUGCUAGAAGUAUUUGUUCUCUCGUC